AUGUCUGCUGCCGCAGUCCGCUCGGCGUACGUGCCCCGUACAGGCUCGUUGCCCCCAGGAUCACCAGGCUCGGGAUCGGCGUCUAAGCGCGCCGCCUUCACCCCUCGGACUCCGAGCUUCACUGUCUCGUCGCCGCAGCCCGUGUCAGACGAUGUCAAGCGCAACGCCGAUGCGAUCCUCAAGCUCUUCAGCGGACUCCCCGCUCCCAUCGCAUCUACUCUGCCCCCAAUCCUCCGGGCCAAGCGGUCACCAAAAACCCCGUCUUCCUCAUCCUUCUCGAGCUUCAGGGCCUAUGUGCGCGCUCAGAAGCGUAAGGCGAGCGACGACGACACCGCGAACGGCGGCCUUGGGCUCGGCCUUAGCCUUCACCCCAGUCCCAACAUCUCUUCACGGCCGUCUCACAAGAAGGCCCGCAACGGUGACGGUGCUGCUGGGGGUACCACGACACCGCCAUCACGCGCCACGCUCCUGGCGUCCCCAAAGAACCGCAGCUCGUUGCGUAACGAGAUAGCUCGCGGUGGCACCAGCAAAGCGGACUGGACGCCGGAGCAGUGGGCUGCUUUGGCCGAAGACAUUGGCAAGCGGGCACAUGCACUCAAGCGGCUAGGUGACGCCUACAUCAACCCGACCGCCGCCAAGGGCCACCUCCGCGACAGCGUCUCGCAGGACAAGCUGCGUGGGUUACUGAUGCUCACCGAAUCGCUCUGCUUCUACUUGUACAAGAACUUCUGCGACGAGCGCGCAAACCGCGGCGCAGUGUCGACCUUGGCGUACAUGCAGCUCGAUGCGCUGCGCCAGUAUGUCCUGACACGGUGGAACGACCCGUCUGCGUCCACCCCCGAGUGGAAGGAGAUGACCAAGGGCAUGCAGGGCCUGAUUCACCUCAUGGAGGCAAUCACCUCGGACGUCGUCGCACGCACGGACAUGCGGGCACUCCACCACCGUAUGAGCAAGGAGAUGUCGGGUUCGUCUACCUCUGGACCGUCGCCUUCCUCGUCCUCUGCGUCGCCCGCUGGAAACGGGCGCUCUCCAGCGUCUUCGUCUUCGGAGCUCCCAGCGGACGUCCUCAGGCUCCUCAACCUGACCUACGCUGCGAGCUCUGGGUCGCAGCGUGCGCUGCAGCAGUCACGGGCGCUCCUUUCGCUGCGGCAGCUCAAGACCAAGUUCCCCGACACGUAUGACCGCGCGAUCAACUCUGAUCUUGCAGACGACGCGCUCUCUGCGGACACGUUAGGCUGCGCACGUAACCUCGAAAUUGACGACCCGGACAAAUUUGCCUGGCCCAUCGAACUCGGCAUGCAGAAUGGUGCCGCGCACGUUGCCGUGUUCGGCCGUGCCCUUGUACGCGAAUAUUCCCAGGCAGCAGGCAAGCCUUGGGAGGCAGUGCCGUCUUUUGCGGACAGCCCUCCUUCAUGA